CGAAGUAUCAACUCCACAGUAUUUCGAGUGAUCUCGCACAUAUUCUUCCGAGUUCCUCGCAAGGAACCUCGUACUCUAUGUAAUAAUUGACGAACCCCAAAGCAUUAACUAUUAUACACAUCCUAGGUGGAGAUCUCUACGUAACUCCAUACUCGGCCCCCUCCGUCGGGGAUCCGGUUGAGCAUCCACCCAUCCACGGUCGGUCGAUCGUGCAGAAGCCGCAUCGGAUAUGCGGUGCGCAACUCCGUCUUGAGGUUAACUCUACAUAGAGUGUCAAGGCUCAGGAACAAUCAACGGCAACCCCGCAGUAGUAGGCGUAGAGUGUAUAAAUACUUAUUAAGGUUUCCGAUAGUUUAGGUACCCCGACAUUACGAAACGAAACGAACAGAGACCGCCAUCUACAUACACACACCCUCAUCGCAUCUCAUCUCGUCUCAUCGCGAAUCCAGAUCCAGAUCAAGAUCAAAAUCAAGAAAUGUCGCAAGCAAAGCCGUUCGAGUGUCGCUGGGGAAUCCUCGCCACCGGCUGGAUUGCAACCGUCUUCUCGAAGGACCUAGUGCUCGACCCCACCACCCGGGGGGUGACCGACGUUGUGCACACGAUCGCGGCCGCGGCGUCGUCCAACUCCGUGUCACGGGCACGAACCUUCCUUUCCGACGUGGGUGCGGCGGGGGCCACAGCAUACGGCAGCUACGCGGAGCUCGUAGCGGACGGGAACGUCGACGUGAUAUACGUGGCGACGCCGCACUCGCACCACUUCGAGCAUUGUCUUUUAGCGCUGCAGGCGGGGAAGAACGUCGUGUGCGAGAAGCCGUUCACGGUUAAUGCCGCGCAGCUCAAGAUCCUCGUGCAAAUGGCGAGGGAAAAGAAGGUGUUCAUGAUGGAGGCUGUGUGGACGAGGUUUUUUCCUAUCAGUGUCGAGGUCCGCAGGUUGAUCAAUAGUGGGGAGAUCGGUGAGGUCCGGAGGGUCACCGCCGAAAUGAAUCAGGCACAGGACCCGGAUGUGAAAUAUAAAGACGGGAUGCAUCGCAUGGUCAACCCGGAUUUGGCUGGAGGAACGCUUCUGGACCUCGGCAUCUACUCGCUCACCUGGGUCUACCAAUGUCUGUACCACACGCUCUCCGCGUCCGAGAAAGCCUCAUCGGCACCCAGCGUGAUCGGCACGAUCAGCCGCUUCGAGCUGACGGGCGUGGACGCCGAAAACGUGGUGGUCUCGACCUUCCCCAAGUCCAUCGGCAUAGCCACGAGCAGCAUCCGGAUCGCGACGGAUCCCGACGACUCCGGGCGGCCGGCCAUCCGGAUCUCGGGCACCAAGGGCGAGAUACAGGUUGCCCACCCGGCGUACCGCCCCGAGAAGCUGACCAUCAUCAAGUUGGGUGGAGGGGUCGAGGAGAAGGCGUUCCCGAUCCCCGCAGGACAUGGCAUGUUUUGGGAGGCGGAUGGUGCUGCGAGAGCAUUGAGGGAUGGGAAGCUCGAGUGUGAGACUAUGCCGUUGGAUGAGAGUAUCCUCAUCAUGGAGGCCAUGGAUAAGGUGCGGUACGACAAUGGGUUUUUAUACCCUAAGGCGAUCGAGAAGACGGAUCAUUAG